AGGAAAUAUUGUUUCCUAGCCAUGUUUCCUAGCAAAUUUCGCUUUGCGUAAAACAUUCAGAAAAAUAUUUUCAAACAAUAUUCACUUCGCGAGUCUCACGCGUGUGCGCGAUCACAUCUUCGGCACUGCCCGGAUAUCGUCGGCUGUCAGGAACUAUAAUGUAAACAUGGCGAUGUGAACAGUUCAUUUAAAAAAAUGUAGUUUUUCAUAUUUGGAUUAUUUAAAUAUUUCUACGGUUUUUGCCUCAAUGGAUGACCUCGCGGAAAUACAAGCUCUUCUCAGGGCUGAGGAGAAAUGUAAUCAUGUAUCCUUUUAUGGUAAAAACUUGGUAUUUUUGUUGUUUGCCAUAGAUAUUAGUGGGAUAAUUUGUACAUUUUUGGGUGUAGCUUAAAAGUGAUAGUUUCACUGAACGCUAUCGUAUAGCAGAAUAGUAACUUUCAGUGUUAUUUUUCAGUUGGAAAGCGAAUAAAUCAAUGAAAAGACAAUGUUUAACUUGACUGCUCAUAUUUUUAACCGAUUGAGUGCACUAGUCAUUUAUUGGGUACAAAGCAAUUACUUAAUGGGUUGAGUUGGUUAACUAGAGAUAUGGGCAGUUACUAGGUCUGAUUAGCUCAUUGCCAGAGUGCUCUGCCUUUGACGAGUAAAAUUGUGUGGCGUUAGAUGGAGUAAGAUAAUAAAAUGGGCUGCAAUGUUAAAAUAUAUUGAGCUAUUCCAUUUAUAAUAGCCCAGGGUGCAUUUUGUGCACAAAAGUGCGAAGAUAUCCGGCGUGGGUUUGACAAUUUACAAUACUAUCUAUAGUUAAUGUUGCAUUAUGUUGGCGUAUCUCCGGUGUAGAGUUUACAUGGAAUGCACCCUUGAUAAUAGCAUGGAUAAUAAUAUAAAUGGAUAGGAAACUAGCUGACGUGACCUAAUGUUUUCAAUGGGCUGAUGGCGUGAUUGGAUGUUCAAAUCUAGUUGCAAACCAAAUUCUCAAAAACGGCAUGUUUAGCAAUAAUACAGCUAAACAUUUUAGUCAAAGAUCAAAUAAAUAUAACCACGCCAUUCUACGAUGAAAACUCUAAGUAUUCCCAGUCAAUUUUAGCAAAUAUUUCAAGCACUAAACAGUGAAAAAGGCAUCCCAAAUUUCGUUAAAAUUUGUGACACCAAUUUCGUAGCUACAAAUGUAAAAAAAUACAAAACAAAGAUGAAAAACAUUUACCUUGAAUACUUUGUCGUGGCUUAGGCAUGUUUUUAAAACAAUUAGACCAGUUUAUGCUUCAAUAUCACCCUUUUAAAGCGGAAGAUAUAGCAAAACAACAAAAAUGCAGAGAACUUUGGUAAUAUCCGCAAUACGCGUGACGUCACGUUUUUCAACAAGGAUGAGGUGAAUGACGUCAGGAAGUUUCCUAUCCAGUUAUUUUACAAUCCAUGAUAAUAGGCAACUACCUUAAAUGACUUGUGUCUGAUCAUGGAGUACAACUACGGUGGAAUGGUUGAUUGGUGGCUAAUCCCACCCUCCCUAUCUGCGGACAAAACCCACGACUUUUGGUUGAGCGCCGAACGACUCAUUUCACAUAAGUUUUGUGUGUCCGUAGCAAAAAUCGUACCCACAAUCUUGGAGGCGAAAGUGAGACAUAAAUAUUUGCAAGUUAAUAACUUAACUCAGAUCUAGUGUAUCAAGGGAAGUAUUGUACGAAAUUUGGAAAAAGAUAAACGGUUAUUGGCUAUCAUCAAGAGACGUGGAACAGCGGGGUACUGUACGAAUGUUAACGCAUAUACAUUACAUUUAGGGGCUGAUUAGGCAAAAAAAUACCUUGGUUGCUUAUUUCUUGUUGCAAAACCAAAAGUUGGGUUAGGUUUGGUUUCUUUUUGUAAAUGCUCACGCACUAGAAUGAUAUUUUACAUCAAUUACAGAGGAUCAAGAAUACAUUUUGCACCCAGUAACGUCUUGACCUCAUUAACUAUGGUUUUGAUGACGUCAGGAGUUAACCAUAUAAAACUACUCUAAAAUGACCGAGUAUAUUUAACAAUCCAAAAUUGUUUGAAAUGUUUUUAAUCAUUUCUAAAUUUCAGACAGCAACCAGAGACGGACUUUUGGACCCAUAUUGAUCGCUUAGUCUCACGAUAAAAAAUUAGCGUGACCCCUCUCUUGACGUAACAUGCAUAUCCUCAAUAAUCCAAGAUGGCGAACAGCUCACUUUUUUCAGUCGAAAUAUUUUGAAAACUAAGCAAGAUCUAAACAAUCUGUAAUGGAGUUUAAUAUAUAGUUUUAAGAGUUCUUUCAAAUGAACUAAAGUAUUUUUUAUUGCCAAUGUCCUUUACAAAUUUUAUUAUCUGCUUUAGACUUUUAAUAUACAGUUAUUGUGGCGACACGCCAAUGGCACAAAAUCUUCGUCUUGAAUAUGCCCUGCCAGUGAACAAAGAAUUUUCAGUAUCUGUAGGUAAGGUUUUAUUAAUAUAAGUUAAACAAAUAUCAUUCGAUCAGUAAGUUGAAUAAUGAAUAAUUAUUCUAACAUUGGAUGACGUUGAAUUAAUAAGUGUUAGUAUAAUUAUACAUAGGUGAUUAUUGAAAGUUCUCCACGCUGAUUUGUUGCCGUUGAGGUGAUUAUAACACGAUAAUCACUUAAGCGAUUUUCGAAAUGGUGGCCAAAGCCGUUUUGUCAAAUAAAUGACAAAGAAAUGUGCAUUUUUUAUUUUUUCCCAAAUAAUCACCUAUGAAAUUAUACUAAAACAAUUAUUCACCUCAGGCUUGGUGAUUAUCGUGAAUAAAAACCUCGACUUUGUCUCGGUUUUUAUUCACUGAUAAUCACCUUGCCUUCGGCGAAUAAUUGUUAAUUAAUUGUUUAACUCUGAUCACCUUGUGCUGAAGCAGAAAUUACUACGUGAGAGGAAUUGUUUAUCAAUCAGGAAUGAGAAUAGAGUUUGGAUGUACAGCUGUAUAAUAAUGAUAUUUAUUUUGGUGUUUGUUUUCAGAACGUGAUGCGGAUACAGUUCAAGCCUAUGGUAUGUACAGUUCAGAGACG